AAUGAUUACUGAUUCAAAAUUAAACUCUACACUUCUAAGUCAACUUAAUCCAUUAAUUUAAGAUUUGCUUAAAAGAUUAUUAGAAAAGGAUCCAAAUAAAAGAUUAUCUGCAGAAGGUAUAAGAUUUAUUAUAAUCAUUAGGAUUUGUUUUGCAUCCAUGGUUACAUACAACACAAUAAAAAAAAUCAAAUAAAAGUUUUGAUGAUUGUGAUAUCAUUGAAACAAGAAAUAAUCAAAAUAUAUUAUAAACUUCUUAGAUAACUAUUUAAAGAUAAAAAUAAAGAUAUUAGAAUCAAUUAAUGGUACCAAUCUAAGAGGAAAGAGAAUAAAGUUCUUUAAAAAAUAGUUGGAAUUAUUGGGAGAAUCAUGUUCACUAUGUUCCUUAAGAUGUAGUAAGAAUGACUAAUCUUGAUAAUGGAUACAUAAAUUAGGGUGGAACAUCUCAAGAAUUAGUAAAUGAAUAAAAGAGAUCUGAUGAUUUGACAGAUUUUUAAAUUGGAUUAGUGAGAACUAAUUCAGAGUAAUUUGAUUAACUAUGA